CAUUCUUCCUUCCGUAACACUUGGGACCUCCCUAUAUCAAGUCUUAAUCGUCGAUUUCCACCUUGAUAUCUCAUAUCAAUCAUAAGGUUGAAAUAUACAAGGCUUUGUUGGAGAGGAGUCAAAAGACCACUAUCAAUCAUGGGUCUCGAAAGUACAGCCCAUCAUGGGGAGUCUAUCACCCCGGCUCAGAACUCCAGUACAGACUCCUCUUUCCAAAAUAGUCCUAUCCAAAAACCCAUGCGCCCGGCUGGAGUCGAUACACCAAUCCCACGCAUUACCCUGCGGUCAAUGGUCAUGGCCCUAUUCGUCUCGAUGGGUGGUCUCCUCUUCGGUUAUGAUACCGGUCAGAUCUCUGGCUUCCAAGAGAUGGACAACUACUUGCAACGCUAUGGUGAGCUCAACAGCAACGGCAAGUAUGCCUUCAGUGAUACUCGCUCGGGUCUGAUUGUCGCCAUGCUCUCCAUCGGUACCUUGGUGGGUGCCUUGGUGGGUGCCCCCGUGGCUGACUUCAUCGGCCGUAAGUGGUCGAUCUCGGUCUGGUGUGCUAUCUUGAUUGUUGGUCUGGUCGUUCAGAUCACGGCCCCCUCGGGACACUGGUACCAGAUGGUGGUGGGUCGUACUAUUACUGGUCUUGGUGUCGGCGGUUGCUCCCUGCUGGUCCCUAUGUACCAGGGUGAGAGCUCUCCGCGUCAUAUUCGUGGUGCCAUGAUCUCCUGCUACCAGCUGUUUGUGACUCUGGGUAUCUUCCUCGCCUACUGCAUCAAUUUGGGUACCCAUAACCUUGACGGCACUGCCCAAUGGCGUAUCACUCUGGGUCUGACUUUCCUCUUCGCUGUGAUUCUCGGUGGUGGCAUGGCUUUCUUCCCAGAGAGUCCCCGUUACGAGUUCCGCCAUGGCAAGGUGGAGAGUGCCCGACGCACCUUGUCUAAGCUGUACGGUGUUCCCGAGAACCACGUUCGCAUCAUGGAAGAGAUGGACGAGAUUCGUGAGCAGUUUGAGGCCGAGUCUCAGGACCAGGUCUGGUACGAGUUCCUCACUGCUCCUCGUAUGCUCUACCGUAUCGUUCUCGGUAUGGCCCUCCAGAGUCUGCAGCAGCUCACUGGUGCCAACUACUUCUUCUACUACGGUACCACUAUCUUCCAGGGUGCCGGUAUCUCCGACAGCUUCAUCACCCAGGUCAUCCUGGGUGCCGUCAACUUCGGUACCACAUUCGGUGGUCUAUACGUCGUCGAGAACUAUGGUCGUCGCAAGUCUCUCAUCUUCGGAGCCAUAUGGAUGUUUGUGAUGUUCAUGAUCUUUGCCUCCCUGGGCCACUUCAUGCUGGACAUUGAGAACCCAGAGAACACCCCCAACGUCGGCAAGGGUAUGAUCGUUGUCACCUGUCUGUUCAUUGCUGCCUACGCCAUGACCUGGGGUCCCAUGAUCUGGGCUAUCGUCGCCGAACUUUUCCCCUCUAAGUACCGUGCCAAGGGUAUGGCUCUGGCCACUGCCUCCAACUGGGCCUGGAACUUCCUCAUCUCCUUCUUCACCACUUUCAUCACUAGUGCCAUCGACUUUGCCUACGGUUACGUCUUUGCUGGUUGCCUGUUCGUCGCUGUCUUUGUCAUUUACUUCUUCGUGAUUGAGGGCAAGGGCCGUACCCUCGAGGAGUUGGAUUGGAUGUAUGUCAACAAGGUUGCUCCCUGGAAGAGCAGCAAGUACGAGAUCCCACAGCAAAUUCGUGAGUGGGAUGCGGCUGAGAAUCCGUCCGGUCGCAAGGAGCAGGAGAUGUACCAUGCUGAGAACGCAUAAGCGUGGGGGCAGGCCUCCGACUUCUUUCCUUUCUGUUUCUUAUCUUGAUUUGCUUUUUCAUAGACGUGGCAUACUCAUGUUUCUUUAUCCGUUUGGGUUAUCAUGGUUAUGAUGCACGAUUUUUGCAUGAUUGGCGUCGUCUUGGGCUGGAGUACUGAGGUAGAUUGUCAUGCGGUCAACCCGACUGGAUGUACAUUUAGAACUUUCUCGCAUUUAUUUGCCAUCACG